AUGAAAGGUCUCUUUCUAAAUCAUAUGGAUAGAAAGGAAGAAGCGCAUGAACUUGUACGCAAAGGUCUAAGUAAUGACGUUAAGGGCAGUCAUCAAGGCAGUUAUAAAGGCAGUCAUAUAUGUUGGCAUGUUUACGGAUUACUUCAUCGAUCUGACAAGAACUAUGGCCAAGCAUUAAAAUGCUAUACUCACGCUCUAAAAAUUGACAAGGAUUCCCAACUUCAAUUAUUGAGCUUAAAACCAAACAAUCAAAAAUAUUGGAUCGGUCUUGCGAUCUCCUAUCAUCUGCAAAAAAAUCAUGAGACAGCGGAAAAUGUUCUAACCACUUAUGAAGGCACAUUGAAGGAGAAACCUACGCCGUUGGAUUUUGAGCAUGGAGAAAUGCUAAUGUAUCGCAAUUUAAUAAUCGAAGAAAGUGGAGAUAUCCAAAGGGCUUUAGAAAAUUUGGAAUCUAUUAAGGAUAAGGUUUGUGAUAAGCGAUCAUGGAAAGAGAAAAAGGCUCAGUUUCUGUUGAAUCUUGAAAAAUACCAAGAAGCUGAGCAAGCUUAUCGAGAACUAAUCGAUCUCAAUCCCGAUUGUUACGAGUAUUUUGAGGGUCUACAUAAAUCUCAAAAAAUUAAUACGCGGGAAUUAAAUGAGGAGCAACAGGUGGAAUUUCUAAAAACAUAUAAAGAGUUAGCGACGAAAUAUUCACGGUCGAAUGCUAUCAAAAGGUUUCCCUUACAAUAUACGGCUGGUGAAAAUUUCAAAAAAGCAGUCGAUGAAUAUCUGCAAUCGGCACUUCGUAAAGGUGUUCCUUCCUUAUUCGUCAACGUCAAAAAACUCUACGAUGAUCCCGAGAAAGCGACCAUAAUUGAGUCUCUUGUGGAAGGAUACCUUGAGUCAUUGAAGAAGUAUGAAACUUUUACUUACAAUGGAACCGAAGUCGAUUUAAAAGAACCACCGACAGCGUAUUUGUGGACACUUUAUUUCCUUGCACAGCAUUAUGAUUAUAAACGGGACACGAUAAAAGCGCUGCAAUUAAUUAACGAAGCGAUCGAGCAUACUCCAACUAUGGUUGAAUUGUAUAUGACAAAGGGUCGUAUUCUUAAGCAUGGAGGUGACGUUUGCGAAGCCAUGAAAGCAAUGAAUGAAGGACGCGAACUAGAUCUCCAAGAUCGUUUCAUCAAUUCAAAAUGUACCAAGUAUAUGCUCAGAAACGGUCAAAUAACCGAAGCUGAAAAAACCAUAGGACUAUUUACGAGGGGUGAUGCGCCAGACCCAAUUACGGAUCUCAUCGAUAUGCAAUGUAUGUGGUUUGAACUUGAGGAAGGUGAAUGUUACUUGAGGCAAAAUAAGUUUGGUAGAUCUCUUAAACGAUUCCACCAAAUUGAAAAGCAUUUUGCCGAUAUUACGGAUGAUCAAUUUGAUUUUCACUCUUAUUGUUUGCGUAAAGUAACACUUCGGGCCUAUUUGAGCAUGUUGCGCUUAGAGGAUCGACUGCGGUCCCACCCUUAUUACUUCCGUGCCGCACAGAAUGCUAUCAAAAUAUAUUUGACACUAUAUGACAAUCCCUCAGUAACUGCUGUGAGCGAGGAUGACUCAAACUUUGCAAAUAUGACCGAAGGCGAAAUAAAAAAGGCUAAAAGUAAAGCAAAAAAAGCUGCUGCUAAAGCACAGCAAGAGGCUGAAUCUAAAAAAGCCCAACAAGAAGAGCAAGCAAAAAAGAAAGUUUCCGAAAAACCACGAGACGAAGAUCCAGAAGGUGACAAAUUUGUCAAGACUACUGAUCCUUUAGGAGAAGCGUUCAAAUUUUAUCAGCCACUUCAAGAAUUAUCUCCAAAAAGAAUCGAAACGCAUUUACUUGGAUUCGAAAUUUAUUUACGGAAGAAAAGAUACUUGCUCGCGCUUAGGUCUCUUAUCCAAGCACAUAGCAUUAAUUCGAACAAUUCGACUCUCCAUCAAGACAUAAUACGUUUCGAGAAAGCUGUCGCCAGUGAUACCUCAAUUAACCCGAUUGUCGCAAAAGUCGUCGCGGAACAAUUGUCAAUCAUUCAUUCUCAAAACAUUCCUCUGCCAGAUUUCAACAAUGAAUUUCUUGGCCGAAAUAAAGGUUCUAUUCCGCAUUUACUAGUUGCAGCAGAAUCCUUAUUACUCAUCGACCCGAGUUAUAAACAAGAAGCCGAAGAUUUGUUGUUGAAAAUAAUUGAUAACGAGGAAUAUGCUGGAACUAGAACACUACCGAUUUGCAUCAAUGUCUAUGAAAGUAUCAAGAAAACAUUCAACUCUAGAGCCGAACAAUUUAGACUCAAAUGUAAAGACUGGUUUCCCAUCGCAACAUAUUUCCGGGAAACCAAUUAA